AUGUUUUUCAAAUUUGUUGAGGAAAGGUACCUCCCUAGUGAUAUUUUCUUUCAAAGUGCUGGCAUUGUAAAUCGGAGCAAAAUUGUAGGUAGAAAAGUUGUACACAGAAAAAAAAGUAAACAUCUUUGUAAAACUUUGUUCGCUCCAAUCGAAAUGUAAAAUUUCAUGACUAUUAAUUUCGGAAGGGAUAAAUAAUUUAAAAAAUAGGUAUCAACAUUUUCAACUAUCGACAGAGUUUCGGUCGACAUUAACCGACAAUACGUAAAUGAAAUAUAUAAUUAUUCAAAAUAUGAAAUAAUUUUAAAAUUUUCCGAUAGUAUUUAUAUACUAGUAUAGGCAUUUAUAAAUUACACCCAACUAGGUACCUAUUUGUUAUAAAAACAUGUAUAAGAAUUUUCCAAAAUAAACAAGNCAAAGGAGCCAUACACGACGUGGUGCUCGUGGGCGGUUCUACGAGGAUCCCGAAAAUCCAGAGUCUCCUCCAAAACUUCUUCUGCGGUAAGCCACUGAACCUGUCCAUCAACCCGGACGAGGCGGUAGCGUACGGCGCUGCCGUACAAGCGGCCAUUCUCGGCGGCGACACGAGUUCUGCUAUCCAAGACGUGUUGCUCGUGGACGUGACCCCUCUGUCACUCGGCAUCGAGACCGCGGGCGGCGUGAUGACCAAGAUCGUCGAGCGCAAUUGCACCAUACCGUGCAAACAAACCCAGACAUUUACUACUUACGCGGACAACCAACCGGCCGUCACUAUACAGGUAUUCGAAGGAGAAAGAGCCAUGACCAAGGACAACAACCUGUUGGGAACUUUCGACCUGACCGGCAUACCUCCGGCGCCCAGAGGUGUACCGAAAAUCGAUGUAACUUUCGAUCUGGACGCUAACGGUAUUCUGAACGUGUCGGCCAAGGACAACAGUUCCGGUCGUUCCAAGAACAUUGUCAUCAAAAACGAUAAGGGUCGUUUGUCUCAAGCCGAAAUCGAUCGUAUGCUCAGCGAGGCCGAACGAUACAAAGAGGAGGACGAACAACAAAAAGUCAAGAUAGCGGCAAAGAACCAGUUGGAGAGCUACGUGUACGGCGUGAAACAAGCGUUGGACGAGGCCGGUGACAAGUUGACCGAAUCCGAGAAAAACGCAGGUAAACAACAGUGCGAAGCGGUCAUCCAGUGGUUGGACAACAAUCAGUUGGCGGACAAAGAAGAGUUCGAGCACAAACUAAAGGAACUGCAGAAGAGCUGUUCGGAGCUAAUGAUGAAAUUACACGGCGGACAAGCCGGAGGACCACAGGCCGGGUCGCCUGGAGGUUGCGGAUUCCCCGGAUCACAAUCUCGAGGACCGACGGUUGAAGAAGUCGAUUAAUUAUUAUUUGAUUGUAUUAAUGUGACUUUUGUUGUAUCGUGUUAUUUAUUUUCUUGUAAAAUAUUCUCAAAUGUUCCAACUAUUAGACUGAUUUUUUUUAUGUUUUUCAAAUAUUUGUACCUAUGUAUAUGUUAUUUUAGUUUUUUAAUAUAAUUCAUUAUGUACUUAGUAUUUUAUUUUCGCGAAAAUAAAUUGUACCUUAAAAGAACAUUUAUUGGCUUUUUAUUUUUCUAGUGUUAUGUGCUAAUCUAAUUUACCCUGCAAAUAACCUCCAGCAGGUAUUAUUCUUCGAUUGUCGAUUAUUGAACUUUUUCUGAAGGGAAAUAUGACGGG